AUGGAGAAGAAGAGGGAAGAAGAGGGAAGUGUCAUCUGGAUUGAUGAAGAUGAAGCUGAGAGUUCCUUGGGGAGUUGUAUUUUGUUGGCUGAUGAUGCAGGUAACUGCUUUUUAUACAUAGAUAUAAUUCUCUCAGUAGAGUCUGAAAAGUUUCUUGUUUUGUCCUUUUGAACUGUGAGUGGGCUCCUUGUUCUUUGUAUUGCUAUACAGUGCAUGGGAUAAAAAGAAGCAGAAUAAGAAAGUGAGUGUUCAUUUAAAAAACAAACUGUCUUCUAAAAGCCCCAUAUCUAGGUGCUUGUGGCAGGUCAGGAAGAUUUGGACUAUUUGGAAAGAAUUUGUGAUUUUUGUCUUAUUGUUACUUUUCUUCUCUUGCACCAUCAAGAACUUGAAAAGGGAAACAACACACACCAGGAGCAUUUGUGGUCUUAUUUGCAAAGCUGUAUUAAACACUAAGGAGGUAGGGUCAGUGUAGAGUAGCGGAUUGUACCUGUAAAGGAUUCUUAAAUCCCCCAAGCAAGUAGGUAGGUAACUAACUAACUAACUAACUAACUACAAGCCUGUGUUGUUUUCUGAAAUAUUUUGGGCACCAUCUAGUUCUUAGCUGUUGCAAAAUUUAACUGUCAAAUAAUCAAAUAUUUAUUAUCAACCGCUAAAGAAAGUACAAAAUAUAUAAAACGUACAAAAUCAGAUCCUCAGAAGAACACAGGUAAUAAGAGCUAACAAUCAUAGCAGGUCUAAGAGUGAUUACAUAUUUGAUAUUUGUUGCCUGAUCUUUGUUAAUGAAUCGUUGCUAUUUUACUAUUGGAACAACUGGUGAAAAGCUAAACAGAGCUGCAAAGGAAGGUGUCUUUUAAAUAUAAAGUGAUUCUUAUUGAAAUUUAGUCCUGACAUUCUUUGUUGAUGUACAAAAAAAAUAAAUUCAAGCAACCCAAAGAAACAAUAAUGGAUAAGGCAUAGAAACAACAAUCUGGAAGACGAAAGGAAGUAAUUUAUACAUUUUUAAGCUAAAGACCAAAACGAAGAUGUCUUAAAAGAAUGAUGUUUCUACAGAUUCUAUAUAUUGCAAUUACUACUACUACUAUUAAUGUUAAUAUUAUAAUUUCCAGUGAAUGAAUCAGUCUUUUUUUGAUCAGCCUGUUUUAUAACUGACCAAAAUAUGGUUUAUGAAUUUGCCCUAACCCUCAACGCGCUCUCCUUUUUCUUUUAAAGCCUGUGGUCUGGGCAAUGCCUUUCUAGAAUUGCAGUGAAAUGGUAUUCAGUAUUUUUUCCUUUUACAGAAGAGAUUCCCUUGAAAAGGGAGAAUACAGAAGAAGCUCUGGAUGAGGAGGUGAUAGUUACUUUCUGCAAGAGAGCAAAAGUGAUGCCCCAUGCGAGAUAUGACUGCCCGACCCACCCCUUUGAGUAUGUAUCAUGCCACAGAGGAGAACAAAAGGGAAUUCCACAAACACACCUUCCACUGGGGAAAAACCACACACAUUGUGCUUAAGCACAGUUGCAUUGGUACAGAUCUAGUGGCAAUAUUAGCAGCCGAGAAGAGGGGAUGGGGGACUUUUGGUGCUUCCAAAGUUGCUGGACAACAGAUCCUGUUGGCCUAAGUAAGUAUGACCAGUCAUCUGGGGUGAUGGGAGUUGUAGUCUAGCAACAUCUGGAGGGUCAAAGGUCCCUGCACUUGGUCCAGAAGACUGAGGGUUCUUGACUCCCAAGCAUUCAUUAUGUCCCUCCUUCAAAUAGCUCCUGUAGCAAAGAGGCCAGACGUAGUCCUCCAUAUAUCUCUGGCCCAUGGAGCAGAGUUCAACUAAGAAUGGCCCCACGGCCAGUCCCAUGGGCCUUUCUUAGUCCCGCUCUGCUCCAUGCUCUCCUUGAGUGCUUUUGCCUGUUUCAAGGUCUUGCUUAACUGGAAGUGUGGGUGAGUGAUUGUGUGUGUAGAAUUGUUUUUACUUUUGUGGGGCCAGAAUCUAUUGCGAAGAGUCACUUUUGCCUAUGGCCCCUGCCACCAAUGGCGCGCAGCCCCCAGAAGCCAUGAGGAAAUUCAGGCUUUGACUUGAAAAAAGAUUCCCCAUCCCUCUCACAGGGACAUUUUAUAACGAGGGACAUAACAGAAGUUGUUAUGUGCAGUGCAUUGAAACCCUUUUAUGAUCUGCUAUCACAACUUGGGGCUGUUUCUUGUCUGCUUUUAGGCAAGGGGAAUGUGAAACAUCUUGCCCCCUUGGGAGAAACGCAGAGACAUGCAGCGAGUGCUACUGCUACAUUUGUGAUAAGGUUGCUGCAGAGGUAAGGACAGCUUUGGGGAUGCGGAACUCCUAUUUCUGCAGAGAGACCUUUGUCUCUCUAGAGUGGUUGGGUUACACCACAGGUUCUGAUGUACCUGCAGACUCCUUCCUGGUGCCCACAGGAUCCUGCGCUCUUGCUGCUGAAACUGGGCUUGAAAGCAGCCUUCUAUUCCAGCUGAUAGAAGUUACUUUCAAGCCUAAUUGCAGUGCUGGUGGACAGUUUCAGUGUGUAUGUGUUACACACUGAUAGUGGUUAAUUCCUCCCUCCAGUUGUGACUUGCCUCUCACACCCUGAAAAUGCCCCUGUGUCACAAUUAGGUUUGCAGGGGGAAGGGAAGAGCCUUCUGUUGGCUCCAUCUAAAGCAGGGCUAACGUUUGGCCCUUUGGAUGUUGCCGGACUACAGCUUUGUCCAUCCCUGUCCAUUGGUCAUGUGGGCUGGGUUGAUGGUUGUUGAAGUCCCACAACAUUGGAAAGCCACAGGCUCUCCGUCCCUGAGUUGCCGAGUAUUAAAAGCCAGAGACAAACACAAGAGACAAGAACAGCUUCCUUCUGUUCUGGAUGUCAAUAUCCAGGGGCAUCUACGUAUAUGGCUGCUUCUGGAAGUAGAUGCUGGCUUUUGCUUUUUCCCCAGCAGGGUUGCACUUACAUUAUUCUCCCAAGGAAACUAUCAAAUACUGUUCCAUUCUCUGCUGUUUCCUGUCUCCGCUUAUGUGGUUCUUUAAUAUGCUGAGGAAAUGGUAGGGGCCCUCAGAGUGGGAACCAUUUGCAGGCUGCAAAGAACGUACAGAUAUUGUGGAUUUGAUAAAGCCCAACCUUCCUUUCUCCUUUUCCUUCCUCCAGUGUAAAGAUUGGGUGACGCCUUCGUUUUGCCAUUGCAAUGCACACAACAAAAGCAAAUUCUGGAAGGAUCAGUGGAAUUCUGCUCUCACUGGCAGUCUCUCUCAGUUCAACUUGGAGCUCUCAGAAAUUGAUGCCGAUAUCCAGCACGGGGGUGAGUGGAGGCACAUCAGUGCCACCAAGAAUUGAUGUGUUAAGAAUAGGGGCAGUUUAUUGAUUACAUUUCUACCCCAUCCUCCUCGCAAGGACCACAAGAAAGUAGGUAAGAUUCCCAGGUGUUCUCCACCUGGGCAGUGACCAGAUCCAAAGGCCCAACGUCACACCAUUUGCAGGAGAGGGUGGAGAUGCCCUCCACAGUUAAAAGGCGAGUUGUAAAGAUGUUUUAUGUUUACUCAGUUACUUAAUGCCGGUGUGGAGAGCCUUUGGCCCUGUGAAUGUUGCUGAACAACAACUCCCAGCAUCUAUUGCCAUUGGCCUUGGUUGCCAAUGUUGUCUGGAGCUGUAGUUCCCCCAGGCUUGACUUAUGAAAGAGAAAUGUCUCAAUUCAGAAAAUCUGAAGAUGAACAAACAAUGAUUUCCUCGUGGGGCCAUACACCAUUAUAUAGAGCAGGGAUCGCCAGAUUUUGAAUAGCUGAGGAACUUCUCUGCCCUGUGGGAUGGAGGCAUCCAGACAAUGGCUUAUGUCUACCCGCUGCCUGGGACAGGCAGGGUGAUACUAGAUUUGUAGACCAUUGCUGGUUGAAGAGGCUCCUUCUCAGUUCCUUCCCUGUAUACCUCUCUCAGCUCUCUGAAUAGCAUCGCCAUCUAUCGUGGAUCCUUUUUCUGGUUGCUGUGCUCUAUUUCCAAGUGUCUUCUUCCACUUCACAGCUUCUGUCGAACAAGGGCCCUUACGGAACAACGCAAUGCAGGAAAUUGCUGAGCUUUUUUAUACUUAUUACCGCCCGAACUAUGGAACACCGUCCUCUGGGUAUGAGGCCAGCACUGCCACCUGCCAUGACCACCAGGGGGCAAGCACAUCCCGCAUUAGGGGCAGGGAGGCUGAAUAUAAUGCAUUUCCCAGCACUUCUGCGUCUUGGUCCUUCCAAGCCUCUAAUGCAUCUGCUGCUCACCGGGUUCCCACUUCCACGGCAGCCUCUACCUCGGUUCUGGCUCCAGGCAUCACUCAGGAUCUCUACCAAAGCAUUAAACAGCCAGUGAUGGGAGUGCUUGAGCAGCUGAAGGCUGCAGUGGGUCGCAUGCGCCAUAGGUCAGCAAAUGGCGCGAGGUCAAGCAGAUGGCACUCUUCUUCUGAGCCCUCUUCAGAAUCCUCACCCAGAAACCACAAAAGGGCUAAGAGGAAGGCAACUGAUGCGUCCGGGAAGGUUGCUGAGCAAAGGGACACCAGACGUUGCCAUAAAAUUCUGGGAAAAGACAAGAGGAAUAGUUGUAAGCCUGCAGGCAAUUUGGAGAAGGGAGCAGAGGGAGGACAUUCGGACCAAAGUCCUUCCGACCUCUAAGCUUUUCAAUCCCAAUGACUAUGAACCUCUUUUGGACAGAGUACUUUCCACCUUAGACCUUCAGGAUCCAGUUCCAGUGCCUCCGCAGCAGCCCAAUAGAGCUGGCUUUGGGAAGCUCACCCUCAGAGAAAUUCCUUUACUUCCUGAAUUUAAGGAAAUGGGCAGCGCCUUCACAGCAGAAGAGCAACACAAGUGUGGCAGAGCAUUUAUAUCCUUUCCCACCGGCGUUCAUGGAGAUGUUGAAGGUGCCCCUGGUAAACAUUCCAGCAGGGGUGCUUCUCCCAGGUGACAUUGUUCAUCGGGAUGGAAAGAUGACCCUUCAAGACCGAUUUCACGGCUCAUCUGACAAAGCUUUCUGUAAGGCCCACAAAUCAAAGGCAUUGGCCCUUCGAGUGGCCAUGGCUGCCUCCAUUAUGGCUCGGACUUCCUUGGUUUGGCUGCAUGAUUGGCUGAUGAAGAACUGGAAAGCGCUACCCUUAAAAGUUCUCUCGGUUGACAAUACAAAGCAGCUGCUUUGAUUGCGGAUGCAACUUGGGAUGCCGUUCCGUGUUUGUCCAGGGCCAUCGCGGAUGCAGUUGUGGCACGCAGGUAUCUCUGGGUGGUGCAUUCUUCAGUGGACUUGGCUUUUUGGGACACCUUUCAGUGACAUCCACCUCUUUGAUGAAGAGUUGCCGGAAGAUGUAUUGAGGAAAACCAAAAGCAAGAAAACAGCCGUGCCUUCAGUUCAAAAGAAGCAGGAGUAAAGGCAACCUUGCAGGGGUGCCUCUUCCUCCUCCUCUCAUUCUAACACAGUUCUGUCCUGUACUGAAGAGUUCAAAUUGGGCAAGCCCUUCUGUCUGGGUCCAGGUUUCAAACAAAAGGGCAAGGCUCAAUAUCCUCCUGGGGGAGUUUGUCCCACACCUCUAGGAGAAAUGGACAGUGGUUUUGAUGCCACCUCUCCUGCAGUGGGAGGUCAGCCUCAGCUGUUUUCUCCCAUGUGGGAAAGGUGAACAAAGAAUCUCUGUAUUGAGGACAAUAAACACCGUAUAAUUUUCCAUCAAUACCCAGAGAUACAUUCCAGCCAUCUCCCGCAUCAAAAGUCUCCCUUAGAACGGUGACCUGCCAUCUCCUUGACAUCCAUGCAACUGAGUUCAUUCCCCAGGGGGAGAGAAACUAGGGGGUUCUGUCAUCUUUGCAGUGUUGAAGAAGUGGUGUGUGGCAAACCAUAGUGGACCUGAAGUAUAUCAGGUUUAGAAUGGAGGCCCAGUUUCGACAGGGGAAACCCUUUGUCUUGGAGAUUUCUCAAGUUCCAUAGACUUACCUGAAACCUCUCCAUUUUCUGAUAACAGAACCAUGCAAGAAGUUUGUCCAUUUCUGUUAUCCGAAUAAGCAUUAGCAGUAUCCCCUGUUUCCCUUUGUCCUGGUGUUCCGCUCCCCUCCCCCUGGAUAAUUCUCACAACUCAUGGUCUCAGUGGUGGUCUCCUUGGCCAGGUCGUCUUGUCAGCAGGCAUCUCUGGGCUAAGCAGGCCAUCAUCAACACCUUCCAGUCACAGGGAUUUUUAAAUUGAGCCCUCUCCAGCCUUCCCAGUCCAUCAAGUACUUAGGAACUCAGACUGACGCUGUCAUUAGUCAGUUGAGAGGAAACAGGUGCUGUGGCAGGAUUUCACCAGUAUCUGUUCCAAAAGGUCAGACAAUGUCAUUAUUAUCCCCCCCCCCCAAUAAACCUGGCCUGUUAGGCUUCAUGAUAUCCUGUACCACGGUUGUCGCAUGAACCAGAUUUUACAUGCACCCCUUUCAGUGGCUCCUGUUGCUAUUUCAGUUCACAGCAGUGGGAGGAAAUCUUUCCCGUGGCGGCUCAGGCUGCAAAACCUCAAUGGGGGGUGGUGGGGGUGGUGAUGACAGUCGAUGCCAUGUUGGAUGGGAAGGCACAGUGUUGGGGACAAGUAUUCCCAGGAUACUGUUCUCUUGCAGAGGCCCUUCACAGCAUAAACUGGCUGGACUGCAGAGCUGUAGGCUUGGAACUGCAAUCCUUCUCCAGCCUGGUCCAUCAAGCUUACAGGCUUGUCAAGACUAAUAACAUGGCGGUGAAAGAUGUUGGAGGCGGCGUGAGAUCAAGAGCCCUCCAACCUCAAACGGAACUUGCCCUGGUGUGUGCAGGGCACCAUCUGCAAUAGCUCUUGGUGGAACACAUCAAGGGCUCUUUGAAAUCAGACAGCAGAUUUUCUGAGACCCAGAAGAGUGAAGUCUGUCAGUCUCUGCGUUCAAGACUCUGACAUAAAGGUUUGAACUACUUUGUAACCUCAGUGUUUUCACUCUCUCAUGUCAUGCUUAUUGCAUGGCAUAGAAGACACAGCUGUUGUCAACAGCCUUGGCCUCUGGGCUGCUAUAAAGUACAUAUUUAUGCCAAUGCCAAUCCUACCUAUGAUUCUACCAAAAGAAGAAAAUCCAGGUCGCACAAGCAACAGUGAGAUUGGUAGACCUUUUUCGGCCAUGGAGGCUGUGGUUUUGUUUUUGUUUUGUUCUGUUUUUUUUUUUAAAGCUUGAGGUCCUUGGUUCCUGCCUCCAUUCAGGAUUCCUCUGUUGCAAGCGACCUCAUUUUAUCUGAAACCAGAGUGGCUCUGAUUAGCUGGCUGGCACCUGAGCAGGUGACCCUUGCAAAAUUAGACUACUCCAAGUUGGUCAUCCAGAACACACUCGUCACCCUUUUACUAUUAGAAUGCAUGAGUCUUUGCAGGGAGCAUUUCCUGCACUGGUCCAAGCGCAGCGACAGAGGAGACAGGUCAGCGGGUGUUAGAAGUGUGACUGCAUUUACUCUAAGAGGGUCUGGACCUUGCACUCAGGCCAGCAAUGUGCAUAGGCAUGAGGUGCUCCCUCACCUUGAUAUUGUUGCAGCCAGGCUGUCAUCAGAUCAACACUCAUCUGCACAUCAGGAGGAUCCUCAAGGGGGCAUCACUGAUCAGCCUGACCCCUGUCCACACGAUCCCAAUUUGGAGCUUGCAUGUAGUUCUCGGGGCGCUUAUGAAUGAGUCAUUUCAGCCACUGCGUUUGUCUCAACAUCAUUGAGGUGUGUCUCUGAACUGCAGGCUUUCUCCAUCAAGGACCAUUUUGUGCAUUUAUGAAGAGGGUGUAGUAAUCCUAAGGUAAAGAUCUGCCCUGUAAUUCCCAAGUUAUUUCUUGGUUUUGGGGUUCACAAUAGGCCAGAACAUUCAGAGACACAGUGGGCAUACUCUGUGGGUGAAUGUGGAAGCAAAUAGGAGUUAAUUUUUUUAUUAUUUCUUGUGCCCCACAUUUUGGGAAUUGGUGUGUGAGACUCUUUGAGACUCCUAGUGGGUGGGGAGCAGCAGGUUCCUUAAUCUGUGAUCUCUAACUCAGGGGUGGCUCAUCUGUGCCCCCCCCCCCGAUUUUGCUGGACUCCCAAGUUCCCACUAUCCCCAGCUAGCAUGGCCAGUGGUCAAGGAUAAUGGGAGCUGGAGUGCAGCUCUUCCUCCCAAAAGAUGCCCAGGGCAGGUCACAAGAGUUUAAAGUGGUUUAAAACAAAUUACAAUUGCAAGAGUCGGGUGGGUCCUAUCAAUAUAGCAUUGCCAGAAGCACAGGAGAACGGUGUGGGAUAUCAGCCUCUUUCUGAGGGACACAGCAUGUAUUGGGAAGAAAUAAGCAUUUUUGUUUUCUGCCACCCCCACCCUAAUUCUCUGCUAUAGGGGUACUCCUGCAGCAAUUCAUGCAUGAUGUUUCUGUGGAAUAUAACAAGUAUCUGUCUGGAAAUAGAAUUGCUCCAGACUUCCCCAAAUGCCUUUGCCAUCGGAAUUUGCGUCCUGGGAAGUGUGAAAAAUGCAGCUCCUUCCCUUUGUAUACUGUGCACAGGUAAUGUAGGAAACACUGUCAAUACAUGUUUACAAAUGUAUAUACCUUCGUGUCUGUUGUGGAUAUUAAGGCUGUUGCCCUACAGCAGUGUUAGAAACUCAGAUAUGUAAGCUAAUCACCUAAUGGCACCUUAAACCUAGGUUAUGUUUGGCACAACGGAUUGUCUAGGCGCCUUUCUUUUUUAAGCAAUGAAAUUUAUUAUUAUCAUUAAUUUCAUUUCUGUCCUGCUUUAUAUUUCAAAGAAAAAGAAUCUCAAACUGGUUUACAGCACAUUAAAAUAUCCAAUAAAACAUUCCAGAAUAAAACAAAUUCAAGCCUCAAGGAAAAUAUUUCAAAUCUUUUUCUAAGCGACAUUUUGAUCUAUUUGUUUACCUACUUAAUUUAUAUAGCUGCCCCAUAGAAGUACUCUAGGAAGUCAGUGUGGUGUAGUGGUUAGCAGUGGCGGAGCUUCAUGCUCUGGAACUGGGGGGCGGAGAGCAGGCGGGGGCGGGGCUGGCAUACAUCCUGGGGGCAUGGCACACGUCCUGGGGGUGUGACGUGCUGCCUGCAGGGGCGUGGUGCCCAGCGCAGCAGGGGGGGUGGCAGCUGCCAGGGGUGGUGCGCUCCCCCUGUGCUCCUCUUCCUCCGCCAGUGGCGGUUAGAGUGUCAGACUAGGACCUGGGAGAUCAGGGCUCAAAUCCCCAUUCAGUCAUGAAACUUGCUGGGUCACCUUGGGGCGUUCCUGGACGAUGUAUGGAUACAUUGCCUAGGCCUAGUCUACAGGCAGAUUUGCCUACAUUUGCCCGUAAAGUGUGUUGAUUUGUCAACUUAAGAUUUCCAAUGGUAAUAGUCCCCCCCCCCAACACCUCCAUGAUCAAGUGACAAAUGUUGCAAAAACCUGCUCCAUCUGUGACUCAGAAGCUUUUGGGUUUCAUUUUUCUAGUUAUGCUUCUGUUUCUGAACUCGUAACAGCCUUUCUAAAUCUGGCUGAGAAAGAGAGACCCAAAACAGAGGUCAUCAUGCUUAUGGGAGCAACCAGGGAAAUCGCACUCCACAAGGACCUCACUCCGUAAGUAACCCAGGCAGAUUUGCCUGGCGACCCUUGCGUGUAUCUCACUGCUAUUGCAACUCUUGCCUUAACAUACGUUGAAGAUUGUUGGCUGAAGAGGUGGAAAUGGAGUAAAGGGAUAGGUGACGCUGCUUCCUUGGGUUUCUUUAGGGGGGGAGAUUUGCAAACUAGUCUGCGAGCUUCAUUCAAGUGGUUGAAGAUGGGAGACCUCAUAUCCAUUGCAUUUGCUAUUCAUGCUGAUUUUUAAAUUGUAUUUUUAUUGCCAUUUUUAUUUCUUAGAUGUUUCAUUGUAUUAGUUUGAACUCUAUGGAGGGAAAACUCUGCAGAGGACAGAGACAUGUUGGGAAGGGCUGGGGCCAGCUCUACUCUUGAGCAAAGCAAAGAACCAAACUUUUUCAAAGGAAAAGUUUCCCAUUUUACAGAAAUGCUGGCAAAAACUGAGUAAUGGAGCUUGGUGUUCCUGUCUUCCUUUCUUUGUCAGCUUUGCGCAAAACGUUGGUCACUUGGUGUCGCUGAGCCAGGCUGUGCCUUGUCUAAUGUCCAGGUAAGGCAAUCAGGGUGCUUAGUGCCUGGCUGCUGCAAAAAGCUCUAAAUCAGCCAUCCCCCAACCUGGGGCCCUGCAACUCCCAUCAGCUCCAGCCAGCACAGGCAGUAGUCAAGGCUGAAGAGUGUUGCUGUCUCAAACAACUGGAGGUCAUCCAGGAUGGGGGAAAAGGAGUAGAUGUUAGACGGAAUCAAGGAGGGGUGGGGAACAGAAUUAAAUCCAUCAAACUUUUCACAACUCUAUAGAAUAAAAGCAUUGCCACGCUUGACCUUGGCUUUGCUUUAAUCUCUACAAUUUUUGGGGGGUGGUGGUGGUGGUGGUAAUUAUCUCCUCUUUCCUUACUCCCUGGAGUCUCAUUAAUGAGGGCAUUGAAAUAUGUGAUGCCUCAUGUAAUCUCCCCCAGCUUGUCUUUUCCAUUCACUUUCUUAGCACAAAAUGGAAUUGUAGCAAAGGUUAAUGAAGAACAGACACGAACCCCUUUUGGGGAAACCUGUUCCCUUUUUUUCUUUUAAAUUAAUCAUCACUUUCACCUAUCCUUAUUUUAAGCGAUUCUACCCUCCAGGAACUUUGAAACAGUGUAUCGGGCAUUUCACUGCAUAAAGCUACUCUUCUCAUUACUGAAUAGAAUUAUUCAGAAUGUAAGAUCUUCAUCCCAGUGGUCUGUUUAGGUGUAGACACUUUCUGGUGCAAAAAAAAAUAGGUUGGGGUACGAUGGUUAGUCCCACAUUUGGAAAGGGUCUCCUGUGGCAGAGAUCCCCUUCUGCAGAAAAAUAGUGGGAGAGCCAGCUCAUGGCCUCUCAACACCUCUUAGGAUAAAUUUAAAUAAAUGUGUUAGCUGCAGACACAUCCCAGCCACUAGCCAUAAGCUGGUUUCGCACGUGGGGUGUGUGUGUGUGUGUGUGUGUGUGUGUGAGAGAGAGAGAGAGAGAGAGAGAGCAUGGAUGUCUGGUGUGCAACCAGUCCCCUUUAUCGCUGAGUUUUCCUGCUGUACGGAAAAGGAAUUCUGGAAAGCUGUUGUGCCUAGAAAUCUUUCCAAAGUCAGUGGCCUCAGAGCAGCUGAUGUUGGGUCAUCCUGCUACGCUAGCUGAUACUAAGAGAGUUUGCAGGCUGCCCCUUAUCUCAGUCUUGGUAGAGCAUCUGCCUUGCAUACAGAAUAUUCCAGGUUCAAUCUCCAGGUAGGGAUAGGAAAGAGCCUGAUCUGAAAUUCUGGAGAGCUGCCGGGCUGGAUAGGGGCUGGUGGGAGUUGUCCAAAACUUCUGAAGGGCAGCAGACUAGGGACAGUUGCUUCAAAGGUUCUUCUUUUGUUCUAAUUAGUCAUUACCUUUCAGGAUCACAAGACGACUUCAGAGGCUGCUGGUGCUGAAUGACUUUCCGAAGCCUUUGUAUAACAAGCUCACCGCGUUUUACCACUCCAUUCCUUUCCCGGUUCACUGCCAUAUCUUCUCAAAUAGGUAUGCUUCCUUGCUUGAACUGUGUGUUUGGAUCUGAAAGGAAUAUAUUCUCAAGAUUUUUGGUUUCCCACCAUGCAUAUUUAUUUAUUUCACAAAAUGUAUGUACCACAUGAUUGGAAAAAGCCAGACAAACCUCAAAGCGGUGUACGAAAAGAAUAAAACAGUAACACUAUCAAUAAAAACAGUUUAAAAGAGCUGUUUAAAACAUUUUUUAUUUUUAAAAAAUCAGUGAUAAGCUAAAAAUAGUUUAAAACACAUGUCAUCAUUCCUCAUACUUGGGUAGGCUUGCCUGAAUAAAAAUGUUUUUAGCAGGUGCUAAAAGAGCACAGAGAUGGCACUUGCCUGAUGUCAACAGGCAGGGGCUUCCAAAGUGUAGGAACAAGUAUUGUGUGGCACCAGUAAAUAGUGCCAGUUCUGCAGAUCGAAGCAGUUGAGUGGGCAUAUAUGGGUAAGGCAAUCUUGCAGGUAAAUAGCUCCUAAGCUGUUAAGAACUUUAUAUACUAAUCAUAACACCUUGAACUUGGCUCAGUAUCACAUCAGAAGCCAGUGCAAGUCUAUGAACAAAGUCCCCCCCCCCAACCCCCCCCCCACACUCUCAUUGCUGCAGUAUUAGCUGCCAUUGCCCUGUCGCCAGUGUGAUCUCUUGAGAGCACACUCACGGCAGUUAGCCUGUGACUUGAAGCAAGGGUGACAAUAUUCCUGGCACAUUGCUCUCUCUGAUUUGAUCCUAAGCCCACAUAAACACGGCCUCGUUUUCAUUUCAGCUUGAAUUUCGCUCCCUGGGAUCACUGUUUGCUGAUCUCCGUCUUGAAAGGACAAAAUGUUACUGGCCAACGGACGCUGAAAGGGAAGAAAGAAUGCCUUUGUGAAACAGUUGCCGUAGUAGAGGCACGAAUUGAAAGGAUGGAAGGCUGCAGGCAGUAAGUACCUAUGGAACAGAGGGAGCAUAAGAAAUGACUUCAAAAAGCAAGACUAGCCCAGCGUUUGAUCUCCAACUACAGUUGUUCAGAUCCCCCUGAGAAAAGCUCACAGGCAGAUAAAAGAACCUAGCAAAUUGGCUUGCACCAAGGUAGACCCUUGAUCCAUAUAGCUGAAUAUUGCCUUCACUGGCUGUCAGUGGCUCUCCAGGGUUUUAUUAUUAUUUAUUAAAUUUGUAUACCGCCCUUCAUCUGAAGAUCGCGGUGCAGUAAAGGGGACAGUUCCAUUCCAACCUGAAUAUGUUGUUGGAGAUCAAGCUCGAGAUCCCCUGUAUGCAAAGCACUUGCUCUAUCACUGAGCCACGGCUCUUUCCCUUGAUGGGAUAUCACCCUCCCUGGUUACCUGUACGUGCCAUCUGCUUGUUUCCAGUUUCUGCAGAGUCUUGUCUCAAAGGUGUUUUCCAUAAACUUUCAUAAACUUGCCUGAUUUUGGUGGCUCUUGCUAAAUCAUCCAUAGCAAUAAAGCUUGUUGUGAGUGGAAAUGUGCUCUCGGGUUGAAUAUUUAGUACUGUAACCACAAGCGCUAGCAAUAUUUUCACAAUAAAACCCAGUGAUUAUAAAAACAGCUAACAAAAAGGAGUAAAAAACAAACUUCAGGAAAGGAGGGGUGGAAAGUCAAGAAGAAACUAUGUAUGAAUGAUAAAUGCUUUGCAAUCUCUUUAGAGAAUUGAAAAUUAUAUUUUUAAAAAUUAAAGCCCUAGAGGAACAUGACCAUCUUGGGGGAGGGGAUCUCUUUGGCCCUGUGUGUUGAAAACAUUAUUCCUUUUGCUAGUGUGGCCUGAUUCACACAUCAUGGUAAGCCAAAGUAUGAUUUUCUGGGACCAUUCAGACGUGUUGACUGCCAUAGGGGAGCUCCCUGGUCCUUUUAGCUCAAUGCAGCAGGUUCGCUAAACCAAGGGUCUUCUCCGAACCCAGAUAUCUCAUAAGAACAUUAAGAAGAACCCACUGGAUUAGGCCAGUGGCCUAUUUAGCAUCUAGUCCAGCAUCCUGUUCUUAGAGUGUCCAUCUGGAUGACUGUGGCAAACCCUUAAGCAGGACCUGAGCCAAGAGCCUUUUCCCCAGCGCCACCGUGGAUGGCUCAGUUGGUAGAGCAUGAGACUCUAAAUCUGAGGGUUGUGGGCUUGAGCCCCAUGUUGGGCAAAAGAUUCCUGCAUUGCAGGGUGUUGGCCUAGGUGACCCUCAUGGUCCCUUCCAGCUCUACAAUCCUACGAUUCUAUGAACCAUUACUGCCACUGGCUGUGGAGGAAGAGCAGGGUCAUGAUGGCCGGCAGCCAUUAGCCUCCACAAAUUCGUCCAGUCCUUUUUUGGAAGCCUUUUAUGUUGGCGGCUGUCACUGCCUCAUGCGGGAGCAGGUUCCACAGUUUCCUUCUUAACCACAACAUGUAGCCAAGAACAAAUCUUGACUAUUGAUCAUGUUUGAGGAGGGAGCUUAAGGAUUUCAGGUUCAGAUGACACACUCAGCCAAGCCUGGCUUAGCUACACCACACUGAGCCUGAAAGCUGUGAGGGUGGUGAGGAGGGAAUAAAUCUCCUCCUUGGCAGCCAGUGCUUUUGCACUAAGCCAUGGUUUGGCUUUCCUGACAUGUAAAUGCAGCCUGUAUCAAAUCUUCCUAUGGCGUUACUCCAUGCCCUUUGGAGUAGUCUCUUGCAACCAUUUGGGGAGCCUUCAUCACUGGGUCAUCGCCCUCCAUUCCUGUCCUAAUGCCUUUCAUUCUUCCCCAGAUACAAGGAGCUGAUCCGUUAUUUGAAGGUGGUGAAAUGCAAUGAUUCCAAGUGGUAAGCGAUUUGAAAUUGCUCACAACUCUCCGUGGAGGGUUUAUUUUAAUCUUCUGUUUACUGGUGGGAUUUUGUUUAAAGCUUGCACACCUAAAAUCUUUAAAACCAGGGGAAUCAUAGCUUGGGGCUCUCGAUAAACAAUAGUGGCCCUGUCUUUACUGAAUUAGGAAGUGAGGAGAUCAGAUUUUAGUGAGUCCCAAGUGUUUCCAGGCCUAGUUAAUGUAGGGCUGGGACAUUGCCCACUGACACCCUCUACUGAAACAGAAAAGGGUGUGCAAAAUGGACCCUUCGCUAAUUUGAAAGGCUCUUGGCUGCUUACAUUUCCUUUUUUCUUUACGGUUACAUAUUUCCACCUAGCAGUUUAGGACGCCUCUUUAGGUGGACUGUAGUCUUAAAGGAAUGUAGGAAGCUGCUUUGUAGCGAGUCGGACUGUUGCUCCAUCUAACUCAGAGUUGUCUACACUGACUGGCAGUGGCUCUCCAAGGUUUCAGGCAGGAGUCUCUCUCAGCCCUACCUGGAGAUGGCAUCAGGGAUCGAACCUGGGAUUUUCUGCAAACCAGGCAGAUGCUCUGUUGAGAGCCAGUGUGGUGUAGUGGUUAAGAGCGGAAGACUCGUAAUCUGGUGAACCGGGUUCGCUUCCCCGCUCCUCCACAUGCAGCUGCUGGGUGACCUUGGGCCAGUCACACUUCUUUGAAGUCUCUCAGCCCCACUGACCUCACAGAGUGUUUGUUGUGGGGGAGGAAGGGAAAGGAGAAUGUUAGCCGCUUUGAGACUCCUUAGGGUAGUGAUAAAGCAGGAUAUCAAAUCCAAGCUCUUCUUCUCUUCUUCUGUUGUUUGGCUAUGACUUUUCCCCUUAAUGCAACAAUAAAUAUUGUUCAUAUGCCACUGGAUCCCUCUCUGUGUGUCUGCAUUUUGCUGCAAUCAGUUUGCCUGUAGUAUUUGCUGCCUCUCAUUUGCCCAACUUCUAGGUUGCAGAAGUGGCAGGACAAGGUCCCCUUCUACCUGUGCAAAAGUGGAGAUUUUGUGGGCGCUGCACAGGCACUGUUUAUCGUCUACCCCAGAAGCUGCUGUGCGGCCUGCCGCCUUUCGCUGCUCCAAUUCGAGGUCUACCUGAAGAUGUUCCGAUCAGGACAGGCUCCCUUUGGAAAUGACAUGGAGGGCUCUGUGCUGUGGGGUCCAGCGGGCAAGUAUCCUUCGAUCUCGUUAUUGCUUCUGCUGGCUGUCUAUGGAGCAUCUCGCUGAGUGUUGUUCAUGAAGGGUGGCCAAUGUUUUUGAGCCGGUGAUCACAUUUUAUUAUGCUUUUAUAUAUGCUGGAAGCCACCCAGAAUGGCUGAGGCAAACCAGUCAGAUGGGUGGGGUACUCUUCUUCUUCUUCUUCUUUUGCUUCUUGGGGGCAGGGGAGAUAACACAAAAUGUCUGACACAUCUAAAAAGAGCAGAAAAGUAGACAGGACUACCAAAUAGCGCCCCACCAGCCUCUCACCUGCAAUACUGGGGGGAAGCACCUAUAUCAGCUACUGCCACAAUUUCUCUUACAGAAGCUUUUUGCAUCCUUCCUCUGCCCAGAAGAGAUGGGAGGAUGAGGGUCCAGUCCAUCUAGUGAAAUGUGGGCUUGUUUUAGGGUGGUGGUGGUUUUUCAGUGUAGGAGAGGUUGAGCCAGGGCAUACAGCCUUUCGUGUUUUAUGGAGAUGUGAGUGGGUAUUUACCUUUAAAGUAAUCUCUAAAGUCUUUAAAAACUAUUACUCACCUUUGUUCUGGGUCCUUAAAGGUAAAGGUACCCCUGACCAUUAGGUCCAGUCACGAACGACUCUGGGGUUGCGGCGCUCAUCUUGCUCUAAAGGCCGAGGGAGCCGGCGUUUUUCUGCAGGCAGUUUCCGAGUCAUGUGGCUAGUGCUUCUGGCGAACCAGAGCAGCGCACAGAAACGUCAUUUACCUUCCCACCGGAGUGGUACCUAUUUAUCUACUUGCACUUUGACGUGCUUUCGAACUGCUAGGUGGGCAGGAGCUGGGACCGAACAACGGGAGCUCACCUCGUCUCAGGGAUUCGAACUGCCGACCUUCUGAUUGGCAAGCCCUAGGCUGUGUUGUUUAGACCACUCCUUGCCUCCUACCAAAGGCUGGGUGGGGGACUUCUGUUGCAAAUAAAGAAAAAUAAAGAUCUGCCUUACUUUCACUGCCUCCAUCCAUUAAGCUCUGACUAAUAAUGGACACUGAGUCCCUUGUUGGGGAGUUGGGCUUCCAAAGCCAACCCCAAUUCUUUCUAUAACUCUGAUACUGUGAUCAUCUAGUCUAAUCCCUGCAAUGUAGGGGAGGUAGCGACAAGCAUACUGUCACGAAGUUGGCAGCUGUUGCUUUACAGGGUUUGAUUUUUAGCUGUCCCCUCUUUCUAGGCACUCCUGUAAAACUACCUGUUCUGCUCAAACAGAUGUUCAAGCUGUUCUACUGCAACGUAUCGUUGUACACAAGUGUGAGUACCAGUUUUAUUAGUUUUGUGGCAGUUAACCUUUCCCCUCCCCAAACGCCUUGGCCCAAUAUUGAGCCUGUUGGCGAAGGUGGCCUAUGGGUCUCUUCUAGAGCUGGGUGAUAUAUUGAUAGAUCGCCCCAAGCCGGUUUGAAAUCCAUAUCGUGAUAUUGGUUUCAUAAUUUUUGACCUGGCAAUAUAUCGCGAAUCAUUGUGCGUGUGCUGUGCGAAAAUCACAACAUGAAGCCAGCCAGUGCCUCUACAUAGCUCCAUUCUUAUUUCAGACACUGUGAUAUAUUGGUAUAUCACGAUGUUGAAAGCCAGCUAUUGCCCAGCCCUGGCUUCUUCCGCCCUGCUGGUUGUCAUCCAGUGGCCCAGAACUUCAUGUACAUGUGUGCUUCCCUCUCCAUCCAGAAGAUGGCAGACUCAUUUGAAAACAGAAGUGCUUUCUACUUACAAUAAUAAUAAUUUAUUAUUUAUACCCCACCCAUCUGGCUGGGUUUCCCCAGCCACUCUGGGCGGCUUCCAACAAAAUAUUAAAAUAUAAUAGUCUGUCAAACAUUAAAAGCUUCCCUAAACAGGGCUGCCUUCAGAUGUCCACUUCCACUCUGAAGCCUAUCUUCUGCUUCUACAGUGAAUGGAUGUGGUCUUUUGGAUAUGAUUUACUUCGCAGGGCAGACUGUGGCCCCCCCCCCCCAAAAAAAGUGAAGAAAGAAGUCUGUAAGUGGAGAGGUCAUCAUGGUUAGCUGCAGCUCCUUGCUCCUAAGGGGACCUGGACCCAGCCUCUCAACAACCCUGUGUAGUUGAGGUUAGGCUGAGAGAAUGGAGAAUUGGCAAACCUGUGAAUUAGCCCACGUAAUUUUCCAUCCAGCAACCAAGAGGGGAGGAGGGGAUGGCCAGUUGCCUACCUCAAUUCCUUGGAGGAAGGGGAGGGAUUUAAAAGGAGAGUAAUAAGGCUCUGGAAAGAGUACAGCAAAGGUGCCUGCAUGGUCAAUUGGCAGGGAGUUCCCAAGUGUAGGUCCUGCCAUGCUAAAAGGUAUAUUCCUUACAAAUAAAUAAACUAGCUGUGAAAUAAAUGCCAUUGAGCAACCCUGUGCUCUUCUGUCUUAAAAGAGUGAUUACUUUUGAUCAACUUCUCUGAAAUCCUAUUUUGAUUUCUGGUACCAAAUGAGCCCUGAUUUGUGUUUUUCAGCCCAAAUGCUGGAGUUCUAUGAUCAAAAUUUUUGCCAGCCACCCUGUUGUGGGAGCAGAUGGCAGCCUGACAGCCAUCACUUUAAAAGAACCAUCCCAGGAACUCCAGCAGGUAACACCAUUGACUUAGGGAUAUUAUUCCUCGAUGGGGGGGGGCAUGUAUCUCACUAUCAUGUCAGAGGGGAUGAUUCCUGGGCUGCCAUAAACUCACCAGGUACCUUUAAUGAACCCACCCUUUCUAGUCCUCCGUACAAGUACAACAUUCCAAUUAUUUAUUAUUUUAAAUCUACUAGUCACUUUUUUACCAAGGUACCAAAAAGCGACUUACAAUAUAUAAGCAAGCAAACACACAUGCAUUAAAACUGGCAUGAAAUAAAAAUCUAAAAGACAAUCCUGUUUUUAAAUGGCAGGAAUAAAGCAUCCCCAUCCACUAAAGGAAGCCAUAGAUAAAAGCCUAAGGCCUAGAGAAAAAGAAAUGCUUUUGCCUGUAAUGAUGGUGACUGGUGAGCUUCCCUGGGGAGAGCAUUUCACAACUGGGAAGCUGCUGCUGAAAAGGCCUGUUCUUGUGUUGCUACCUUCCCUGAUAACCUGUUGAGAGGGCACACAGAAGAAGCGUCUCAGACGAUGAUUGCAGGGGCUGGGUCACUUUUAUAGGGGGAGAGGUGGUCCUUGAGGUAUUGUGGUUCUGAGCCACGUGAGGCUUUAUAGGUCAAAACCAGCACUUUGAAUUGGAUGCAGAAUUGAAAUAGUAGCCAGAUGCUUGCAUAAAACAGAUAAUGUCUGGGGAGUGCUUUGAACUUGCUAUACAAAGGCUUUUAAAAAUAUAUUAUUUAUUUAAUGUAAUGCAUAUGCUGCUUGAUUGCAAAGAGAACCUUUAAGCUGUUUACCAAAAAUCUAGCAAACAUUAAAAUGGUCGAUAAAAGGUGAAUUUAAAAACGGGUAUAUAAAAUAAAAAUAAAAUUAAAAUCAACAGUUAAGCUAAAAACAGAUUAAAACACAUGUCAGCUUCUUCAUGUCUUGAUACAUGUGCCUGAGCAAAAAUGUUUUUAUCAGGUGCUUAGAAGAGUACAGUGAAAGGGGCUUCAUGGUGAAAGGGAGUUCCAAGGUGUAGGUGCAUAUCUAUCUAUCUACCCAGUCUGACACACUUAAACAGUGUCAGACUGGGUAUAUGUAUAUAUGCCAAGACGAUCCCUCAAAUAAACUUAUCCCAAGCUGCUAAGGACCCUAUAUACUAAAACAGUGGGCCUGAAACUUAUGCACAAUUUGCUUACAUGAUUAGGACUUCAGGCGCACGGCUGAAAAAUGAAUGAAUGGAAGCUGGGGUAAACCUGUCACGUAAAUAACUUUUUAUGCUCUCUGCCUUGCUUAGUGGCCUCUGGGAAGGAUGCAUGAGGCCUCUGGGAUGCUCCCGGGGCCCUCGUGUGACCUUCCCAGUAACUAGUAAGCAAGGUGCAGAGCAAGGCCUGCUCUGGACAGGUAGGGGCAGUUGCAUUGGGGUGGGGCUGGUUCCAGGGCUUUCCUGGCUCCACACAUUUUUGCCUUUGCAUGUGGACCCCCAGAACUCAACCAUCACAUAAGCUGCGGGCCCAGUGUAGAAAGACUUGGAAUUUGGCUCAGUAAUGAAGCAGAAACCAGUGCCGAUCUCUGAGCAGGGGUGUUACAUGCGAAUGGGGGUCUCACGCCUGUCAGCAAUUUUGCAUUAACUGCGGUUUCUGGCUCAAGUGCAAGAGAAGCCCCACCUGGAGUGCAUUGCCGUAAUCCACUCUUGGAAGUCACCAGUGCCUGAACUGAGCUCUGCCAGUCCAGGAAUGGCUGUAGGUGUCACACCAGUUGCAGAUGGUAAAAGGCAAUUCUAGCCCCCGAGGCUACCUGGGUCUGCAGGAAGAAAUCUGGAUGUAGAAGCAUCCGCAGACUGCAUGCCUGCUUGUUUGGUAGGAAAUCAGCCCCAUCCAGGGCAGACAAAUUGUCGGACAUUAUUGCAUGUUGAAAGUGCACAUGGCUGCUUGUUGCUGCUGUUGUCCUCUGGCACGCAGGAGGGAAAGACUGGGAGCUGCUCUGGGUAUCGAGGCUCUUCUUUUGAUUAUUGCGGUGACUUCACUUGCAGGUGGUCUCUGAAGAGUCACGCUACGUUGUUGAACAACUCACCCAAACCCCCCACUCUAAUGUUACCUUCUCAAAACACUUUGGCCAAGAUGUAAGUAUACACUUGAAGUAUACACUUCCUUUUGGGAAGCCUAGAUUCUGGGCUUCUUUACGCCAAAGGGUGUGAGCCCAACCUUCAUGCCUGUCAAAUCUACUUUGUUUUGUGCUAAUACCCUGAUCUGCCAGCCAGAACAAGCUGCGAAAGGCAUAUAAUUUGCAUUAAAGACCAGGGCGUCCCUGAGUCUGGGAAUUCUAAGCUCUCCGUCCUUCACACAGAUGUUCCCUGCUUAGUUCUUUUUACUUCAGCAGCCUCCUUUAGGUGGAGAAAGGUCAUUUUGUAGUCAAAAAUCCUGGUCAGUCUAUUGCAAAUCCCCAUCCACACCUGGCCCAAGGCAAUGUACAAAAUGCAAUAACAGCCGUUAAACACGACAUAGAAAAUAACAGCCGAUAAAUUUUAAAAAGCCAUACAAAGUGUAGACACCGCUGGCAGAUACUCGUUCAUGCUGCUGGCAAAGCUUGUCAGAACAGAAAUGUCUUCAAUUGUACCUCUCAUAGCAUGAUGGAGAUGCUGUUCUACAGAACAGGGGCAGCCAUGCUGAAAGCCCUGUUCUGAGUUAUUGCAGAGCAGCUUCUAGUUUGGGGAACCACUUGUUUAGCUCUUGCUGGGGAAGACUGUGUCUUAUAAUGAAGUAUGCUCUUCCAGGUGGUAGAGAAGGAGAGAUGCCUCUUCUAAAAUGGCAGCUGCAACCUGCAGUUUUUUACCGGUAAAUUGAAAAACAAAUUCAAUUUUUUAAAAAUAUGCUGCCCGGUUUAAUCAGCAGGCAUCUUUUUAAUCAAAAGGAUUUUGAUCGUCUCAUCUAGCAAAUUCAUCCAUUCAACAGUUCAUCCUUGUUUCUGACUGUUUCCUUUCUACCCUUCUAUUUGUCUCCUUCCAGUCAUCCUUGGAAGCUGGGCUCAUUUUUGUGGUCCAGGCAGUUCGGCAUAUGAUCCUGAUGGAACACAACUCCCUGUGCUCCUUCCUAGAAAUUGUGCUGGCUUUUGGGGUAAGCUUUUUUGUGUGUUCAUUAUCUUCCAUCAUAAGUUAUUCUGCAUAUUUCUUACUACAGCAGUGUUUCUGUGGGUUUGUAUGUGUGUAUGGAUAUAUAUUUGUGUGUAUGUACACACACGUGUACGUAUAUAUAUAUGUAAUUCUUAAUUUUUACAGCUCAAGAAAGCUUCCUUUUACAAUGAAACCUGGGGCGUUCAGCCUCAGUUAUGUUCUGUUAAGUUGCUGUGUUGUCCCUGCAUUUCUCUCUUCUCCCUUUCUGCAGAAUAACCUCUGGGCUCUGAAGCUUCUGCUGGAGUCUCUGGCUUAUCACGAGGAGGCUGUCCGUAACAUCGUUUCCUUGCUUCUUGCAGACCUCUGUUGCCACAAAACAGAAAUGUUGGGAUUGUAAGUUGGCAUUUAUUAAGCCCCUUCUGUUUUGUUCUUGGGAUCUGUCCUGAAAGGCUGAGCCACUUCAAGAGCAGACAUAGAUGAGAAAUCACUGCAUCCCCUCCCCUCUCCUUCCUGCCUGCUUUCUUAGUUCUAGGCCAGCAGCUUUUGAGACUUACGGCAGACCUCAGCAAGGCCUCACUGACUGCCUAGGCAGACCCUGUGCUGCUUUUUGAUGGCCUCUGGACACCUGUUUAUAGAGCAUCCAAGCUCGUUUGUUUUCUCAAAGCUUACAUGGAAAUCAGACUGUCCGGUCCUUACUGAGCAUCCUUUCAGGCCUUUUUUGCAGCAAGCUCAUAUAAUAUUGAUCAUCCUACUGAUUGGCCUGUGAGAUGUUCAUGUGUCUUCCUGUGGAUCAUUCAUUCAUGCCAAACAUUUUAGUGCAUUUCCCUCUUCCUCUCCUUGCCUCUAAAAGUCUGUGAGUAUGGAAAGGUGGAUUUGCUGAGAACCUUCAUCCACUUCUAUUACCCAAGGCCAGAUUUUUGGUCUGCACUUGAUUGCUCACUAUUGUAACGGUCAACUUCGGUGUCGUUUUGCUGGGCCAGCAGAAAAAAGUGCUCAAAGCUUCAGGGCAUGAAAGGAAAUGGUGGAUUCAUCCCUUCUCAUCAGCCAUUGCUGACUUAUGUGAGCUGCACUUACUGACCACAUAGAGGAGUGUCUGUUUAUCAAAAGAGCCGGGUCUUUUCUCUCUCUGUCAGCCUUCACCAACCUGGUGCCCUCCAAGUGUAGAACUCCCAUCAGCCCCAGCCAAAAUGGUUGCACUGGCUGAGGCUGAUGCAAAUGGUAGUCCAAAACAUGGCUGUGCUGGCUGGGAGCUGUAGUCCCAAACACCUGGAGGGCAUGAGUUGGCGAAGGCUGCUCUGUGCCACUCGCUCUGCAAUGACGUGUGAGCUGGCAUGCUCAGGACCUAUUGCAAAACCAGCAUGCAUCACCUGUGGACCUCUGGUACAAGUUGAAAAAUGGCUUUGGCUAAGCUGCCAGUUUGGCAGAUGCUGCCAAGGACCUUCGUUUUCUAUGAUUCCUUUCCUUUCCCCUCAGGUGGCAACACUGGGGUGCUCAGUAUGUGGGGGAGCUGCUGUGCCUCUUCCUGACAUCCAGGGAUAGAAACCUACCAUCAGUCGGCAUCUCCAUCAUCAAUAUUAUUGUGGAAAACCUGCCAAUGUGAGUGUCACAGUGUAUGAGGGUCACAGCUACAUUCCUCCCAUCCCAGCAACCCAGUUUUCCAAGAGGAAAAAUCAGAGUGCCAAUUACAAAAGCCCUGAAUCAGGAGUGGGGAGCAUUUUUCAACCUGAAUGCCACAUUCCCUUCCGGGGGUAGGCAGGACCAGGGGCAAUGCUUAUGCACAGGAAUGAAUGUAAAUGUUAUCUUUGUAUAGGUGCCUAGUUUCUACACACAAACGUACCUCUAUUUUCCAUAUAGGUAGGUGUUUUGAUUGUACAUGCAUAGAAAUGCUUUUAUUGUUAUUAGAGUUUGUAGAUGUGUUUUUUAGAGCUUUUGGGGAGCAUUUCAUCUAAUUUUGUACUUUGCUUCAAUGGCUUCAGGCUGUGAAGCAGUUUAAAUAACUUCGUAAAACAAGUAAAUAAACAGGAGCCACCAUCAGAGUUCAAGAACGCAUUCCAGGCAGGCAGAAACACUCCAGGAGGUAUGUAGCUGAAGAGGGCGUGUGGCUUGGGACUGAGUCCUGCAGGCUAAAUAAAGAGGCUUGGAGGGGCUGGCUUUGGCCAAAGGUUCUCCACCCCUGCCCUCAGUAGAUUGGGACUCAGACAUGGGAUCUCUCCCUAUAUCAGCUGCCCUGUGUGUUAAGAAGCCCUCUUCAAGGUCCUGCUGUUGGGGUAAGCACCAUGCGCAUUGACACAGGACCUGAACUUAUCUGUGGUGGCUCUUGUGGGCAUCUUUGAGACUCCCAUGUGUUGCGUUGUUGGUACGCAGCAUCUUUGGGUGAUGUAAAUGGAAUGCUAAAAAAUGAGAAGGUGGUUUUGCUUCAAGACGAGGGGGACCUGCAUCUUACCACCCCCUUCCCUUUCUUUCAGGUGUCCGUGGGCAAAGGAGGUUAGCAAAUUCCUUCAAAAAUCAGUAAGUAUGUGAUUCUUUUUCUGCAGUGGAGGUUAUUUAAUUAUUAUUUAUUUAUUUAUCUAAUUUCUAUUCUGUUUGUCUAAUUUCAUCUGAGGAUCACAGGACGGUUCACAAUAUGAAAACACAAAAACACACAACAUAGUAUCAAACAAAAACAAUAACUCCCCGCCCCCAGUUUAAUAGGCCAUAGGUUGUUUAAUUAGCCAGAGGCCUCGGAGGAGAGAGAUGCAACGAAGGCACCAGGCGAGUCUCCCUGGGGGGAGAGCAUUUGACAAACGGGGAGCCAUCACAGAAAAGGCCGUUCUCAUGUUGCCACCCUCCAGACCUCUCAUGGAGGAGGCACAUGAAAAAGCUUAUCCAGGAAUUGGUUGCUCCUCCCACUUGCCUUGGAGGCAGUGCAGUGCAAAUGUUAGCCCUGCCGGCUCUUUAAGACUGUUGCAAGAGAUGCAGUUGCCGUUAACAUAGAGGGAGUUGGGGGCAGUUAAGAGCAAAAGCAGCAAGAGUGUGGCUUGCAUCUAGUUCGAAGCUAAAACCAGGGAUGGUGAACUGUAUUCUUUGGUGCGGGGGGCGCGACCCACUUUUAUUUUUGUGGAACUAGAUGUGUGCAUUGCCACACAAUGAGGUCUCCCCCAAGAGCGGUCAAACUGUUGGUAACAGAGGAUUUCCCAGUUAUAGGUAGUAUAACUCAGGGUGGGUUCAAGGACCCUGGUGAUGCGGAAGAGGCAGUGAGGAAUGAGCAGGCACCCCAAAAGUUCCUCCCAGGAGGCAGAUUGUACAGUUCGUUUUCUGCAUGAGCAGGAGUCAAGACACCAUUUAUUUUCACAGAAUGAUGGCAUUCCCCACAUGCCCUGUGCACUGGCUGCCCAUAUGCUACCAGUUCAGGUACAAGGCUGUUGUGUUGAUAUACAAAGGCUCAAACAAUCUGAGGUCUAGGAUAUCCCAAAAGCUGUCCCUGAGAUCAUCCAGAAGAGUGCUGUUAGUUCUGUGCCAUCUUGGAGAAUCCCUGCUAGGCUCAAGUAGAAGUCUGGUGUUGAGUGUGGCUGGUCCCAUGCUGUGGAAGACCCUUCCAGCGGAUAUUUAGCAGAGGCCCUCUCUUGUUUUGACUUCCAGGCCUCUCCUGAAUACCAUUUAAUGUCUACAGGCCUAUGCAGCUGCUUAAAUUUCCUUGAUUCGCUUUAAUGAUUUUUUUGUACUGGUUGUAUGGGGUUUUAUGGUUUAUUGUAUACAUUGUACACCACCUUGAUGCUUCACAUGAGUUGGCAUAUGUAAAUACUCUUAUAAUUAAUUAGAUUGCUUUUGAAGCACUGGAUAUUCCCCCAUGGCUGUGUGUUGUGAGGGAACAUCAGUUGUGUCAAGAAAGCUGUAUUCAUUUUGGACAGCUUGCCCACUCUGACUUAUCUUCUUAUCAAGGACCAAAGGGUGUACUUUGAAAACCACUGGCCAGAAUGAGCCACCAUUCCACUUUUAUUCCUGUUCUUAAAUUCCAUUUUUUUACCCCCCCCUUUUUUUCUCUCCUACACAGACAAAACCAUUUGGCUGGGCAGAUUAUGAAGUUUCCACCUUUAUAGCCAUUUCACAGUCUUCCUUAUGCCUGAGACUCCCUAGGGUCUGCCAGCUUCCCUCACCUCUGGCUACUUCUGAGCAGCAAAGCUCUGGAUGACGUGCACCACCCCGCUCCUUGAUCAAGGCACCUUGAAGCCACAUUGCGCAGUGCAGUUCUGGAGGAAACGUGUGUUUGGGAGUUGUGGUUGAAUUUCCCUGUGGAGCUCUCCAGGAUCAAAAACAGGCAAAAACUGGGGCCCUCCUGAUGCUGAUGACCUCCAGCUCCCAUAAUCCCUGGCGGUAGCCUGUGCUCGCUGGGGCUGAUGGGAGGUGGAAUCCACCAGCAGCUGGAGGACCACAGGUUUCCCACUCCUGAUCUGGAAGGUUUAGAGCAGUGGUGGCCAAACUUGGCCCUCCAGUUGUUUUCGGACUACAACUCCCAUCAUCCCUAGCUAACAGGACCUGUGGUCAGGGCCAUCAAGUUUGGCCAUCACUGGUUUAGAGAAUACAGAGGUUUAUUGCUGAGAGGAGAAAGCAACAUGAAACUUCUUCCUGCAAGAGUUGUUAUAGACCUGUGCUAUCUAUGCCCAGCCUACAUGAACUUCUCUCUGUCCAUAUGUGAUGAAUCUCAAGAAAGUCUCACCCGUGAAGACCAUAUGAAGCCGCCCAGUUUGAUGCAUGAGACCUCUGCCCUGUGUUUGGCGCAGGUAGUCACACAGCACAUGCAUAGAUUUUUGCCAUGGUGUGUCCUCUUCUUGCAUCUGGGUUUGCUGGGUUAACCCAGAGCACAGCACCUGCCCCCCACCUUAUUUUUUUCAGUCCUUCUCAAGCAAAUGAGGGCGAAGGUGUUGCAUGGUGCCUGUGGUACCAAAUGUCAAAGCAGAAGCUGCUUCUUCAUGUCACACUUUAAGGCCUUUUUCUGCAGUUGUGUUUUGCAAGCCAAUGAAAUGCACACAAGAGGAAAUGUGCCCUCCCAGCAAAUUGUUCUGGUUCUAUGGAAUUCACUUGGUUUCCUUCUGCUCUUUUCUUUUUGAAAGCAAAACUCAAGUUUGGCCUGGUUAGGAAAGUUGUUUUGCAAACACUGUUUUGUCUCCCCCUUUAUUAUUUUUCAAGACUUUCUAGUUAUAUAUUUAAAAUGGGGGGCGGGGCUGGGGAAUCAGUAAAGUUUCCUGCAUUUUUUUAUGCUUCUGCUGGAGUUUUUUGGACAUGGAGCAAACAUAUUUACACUGUGUAGAACUUUAAGGACAUGUCAAACUGUUGUACCUUUGAUCCAGAAAUGUAUAUAGUAGAACCACCUGUGUUCUGUCUAAUUGAAAUGAAUUAUUAUUAAAAUAAGGAUGUGCCUUUCUUGUCUGGAUUUCUGGAAAAACAGCAUUUCAUGCUUUGAUUAGAGCUACCCCCGGUAGGACGCGGGUGGUGUUGUGGGUUAAACCACAGAGCCUAGGGCUUGCCAAUCAGAAGGUCGGCGGUUCGAAUCCCUUCGACGGGAUGAGCUCCCGUUUCUCGGUGCCUGCUCCUGCCCACCUAGCCGUUUGAAAGCACGUCCAAGGGCAAGUAGAUAAAUUGGUACCACUCCAGUGGGAAGGUAAACGGUGUUUCUGUGCACUGCUCUGGUUCGCCAGAAGCGGCUUAGUCAUGCUGGCCACAUGACCCGGAAGCUGUACACUGGCUCCCUCGGCCAAUAAAGCGAGAUGAGCGCCGCAACUCCAGAGUUGUCCGUGACUGGACCUAAUGGUCAGGAGUCCCUUUACCUUUACCCCCGGUGUGCUCCUCUGGUGAGCCAAAUGUGCCCCCCAAGGCGUCUCUGGUCCUUGGAACUCUCUUGGAACAUCCCCUCACAAGCCUUCCCUUACACCCUCCCUGAGUGUUCUUGCCUGGCUGCAAUGUGUCCUUAAGCUCCAGUGAUACCUAUCGUUUGCCUGGGUGGAGGAUGGCUAAUGAGUAUAGAAACUAACCUACUGUUCAAAGGUAAAAUUUGGAUUCAUUGCUCCAUCUUUGUUCCUGGAGCAAUUGUGGUGUGGUGCUAACCUGCUGUCUUCAUUCAUCUCUUCCACACACCACUAUGACUCCUCUUCAAGAACAGACUGGACAAAACAAAUGCAUUUUGCCUCGUGCUCAUUUUGCCUUCAGAAGCUUACAGAAUCCUCUCCAACUGUGGCUAACAAUAUCACAGGAGCUGGUGUGGUGAAGUGGUCUCUAUGCAACAUCAGUUGGCAAAUGCUCUUUAUUUUCUGCUUGAGUUGGUGGUUUCGGUUUUGCUCAUCCUGGGAAGGAGGCAAAGGCCUGUACAAAGUCCAAAACUUCAGGUUAGGCUGCUGCAGUGUUUUGUAUGUGGGGCUGCCUUUGAAGACGUUUCAGAACCAGCAGCAUGUGUGGGCAACUAGAUUGUUAACUGGCGACAAGAAAGUUUCUAAUCCAACUGCACCGGCUUCCAAUUUGUUUCCAGGCCCAAUUCAGAAUGCUGGUUUUCACUUUUAAAGUCUUCUGCAGGCAUUUCACCCUUUGCUACCAUGAAAUCUUUCCUGGCUCGUUCAUUCUCCCUUGUCCUUAGCUCUCCUUGGUGUGUCUUUAAACAGAGAAUUGCUUUCUGAAUGUCUUGGGAGAGAAAGAGACUAUUAAAGUUGCCGAGUUUUGGCUUGUAAGAACCAGUAGGAGUCUGUGUUUGAAAAGGGCUUUUAGGAUUACUAUGUUGUUAAAGAAAGUGAUGGGAAGGUUAAGCCACAAUGGAUGGGGACAGCAAUUUGAUAUGAUUAAUCUCUUCCCACUUUAUGAGUUUAUGAAGGCAGCUCUGUUGCUUUCAGCUGUUUUUUCAGUAGGAUCUGAAUCAACAAAUUGGUCCCACAUGAAGCAGCUGUCAAGGAGGUUGCGUAGCCAAGCCCCUAAAUGAGAGGUCACGUUUUUGUUGUUGCAAAUUGUGCCUGAUUAGAAAGCCCAUCUUCCACUAAUUCUUGAUGAGUGGGAAUUGGUCAGACAGACACUUGACACAUGCUCAGAACCCCCUUCUUGGUUAUUAGUUUACUAAGUGCCGAGCCUCUGAUCACUCUGCCUGCCAACCCGCCUGGAGCUCCUCCUUUCCACCCCAUGCAACCACUCUUGAAUGUGGGAAGGUACUGCGGAACAUCUGAGGGCUCCACAUCCUUUAUCUCUGCAACAUGAUGCAUCUGAGGAAUGGAAGAGGGAGAAGUUUAAAAUAGCCAUUCCCUGCUGCUUCAAUGUUUCUCCCUUCUUGCUAUAGUCAGACAAUGGCAAAAGUCUGAGUUAAAUGGAAGUGGAGAGACACAGACGAAAAUCGUGGUUUUAAAUAAUGGCAGAGGUUUGAGUAAAGCAGGGGUGGAGAUACAUCCUUUUAAUGAGUUGUAAUAAGGAGAAAUAACUUCUUCACCAAACCUUUAUUAGGCAUUACAAAUAUAGGCCAUCAUAAAACAUCUGCAUAUAAAACUUUAAAAUAUAUACAAAUAAACAGCCAUGUAAAAUAUAUAAUAAUGAGAAUUCUUGUGAUUUCUCCCUGCUAAAUAGUGCCAUUCAUAGGGAUACUAUUGACAAAAACUUAUUAACCUGGAAGUAACUGCAAGGGUGGGACACAGGUGGCGCUGUGGGUUAAACCACGGAGCCUAGGACUUGCCGAUCAGAAGGUCGGCUGUUUGAAUCCCUCCGACGGGGUGAGCUCCCACUGCUUGGUCCCAGCUCCUGCCCACCUAGCAGUUAGAAAGCACGUCAAAGUGCAAGUAGAUAAAUAGGUACCACUCUGGCAGGAAGGUAAACGGUGUUUCUGUGCGCUGCUCUGGUUCCCCAGAAGCGGCUUAGUCAUGCUGGCCACAUGACCCAGAAGCUGUACGCCGGCUCCCUUGGCCAAUAAAGCGAGAUGAGCGCCGCAACCCCAGAGUCGGCCACGACUGGACCCAAAUGGUCAGGAGUCCCUUAAACUGCAAGGGUGGCAAACAGAGAAGGCUACAAUGCAAGCUAACACAACCAAGCCUUUCCCAACUCCCUUCUUGCUGUACUCAAACCUUGUUUUACACUGCUGCUUCCCCCACAGUGUCACUGCCUUCUCACUCUAGUCAAAUCUCUGCUUGUUUAAAAUUGCCACUUUUCUCCUUUCAGUCUUUGUCCAUCCCUGAAUCAUAGACUCAGAGUUGGAAGGUACCCUGAGGAUCAUCUACAGUACUCCCUUACAGGGAUCAAACUUGCAACCUUUGUGUUAUCAGCACCACUCUGUAACCGACUCAGCUAUCCUGCUUUCCGCAAACCUCUGCUGUUAUUUUAAACCACCUCUUUCCCCUCUGUGCCAAUUCCUUCUCACUCCCAUGCUAUGACCCACGGGUAUUGUGCAACUUGUCUACCCCACCCUAAACAUACAAAUCCAGGACUGAGAUCAGGCACUGACUUCAUUCAAAUCCAAGGUUAUGAUGACAUGCUACAAAUCCUCCAGUGGGAGCUGUGUGAUGAUAGCCUUACACUUUCUUUGUAUAUAGGAAGAAAUACACGUUUUAAUUUUGAAGGGUUCCCUCCCCCAUUCAUCUUUUCCAAAUAAACAUACCAAAACAAAUUAUAUUUAUGAACUAUGUUGCCAAGCGAUUAAGAGCCAACUUUGCAACUGGCUGGCAGAUUAACAGAUGGCUGGCAGUCAUUGUAUUACACACACAACGUGUAUUAACACACAAAUGCAGUUCAUCAUUCCUUAAUCUGCCAUGCAUAACCCAAAAGCUGGUGUAUAAAAGCCUUUCGGGGGAUGGUUCUUUGUUAAUAGAGAUGCUCCAUCUUCUAAGGUAAAUUAACAAAAGGAUGAUUGUGGAUUUUUGGUCUGUUUUGAAUUUUACUCUUAUUUUCAAGUGUGUGUGUAUGUAUGAGUUAUACUCUGAUAUAUGGCUAUGAUCUGCCUUCACGGUCAGAAGCAGCAAUGCUUCUGAAUACCAGUUGCUAGAAACCACAAGCAGGGAGAGUUGCUCUUGUGCCCGGGUCCUGCUUUCAACUGGGGCAUCUGGUUGGCCACUGUGAGAAUAGGAUGCUGGACUAGAUGUGCCACUGGCCUGAUCCUGCAGACUCUUAUUUUCUUGUUAGCUAGCGCUAUGAGCAUAUUCAUGGAAAUGGUAAACACCCUCCCAUUUAGAUAAACAAUCGAUUCAUCUAGCUCAUUGUUUUUGACACUGACUCGCAGCAACUUUCUGGGCUUUCAGAUAAAUGUCCUUGGGGAUUGAACCCGGGCCAUUUGCAUGGCAAAACAUGUGCUUCGGGCCCUGGAGUAGACUGCGGCCCUCCAAACAUCUGUAUCUGGCCCUCAGGGUUUUCCCCAAGCCACACUUCUCAUGGGGUGCCUCAAGCACUUUCCUGUGGCUGGAAUGUGCCCUAGAAUUCCCUCAGGCCUCAAAAGUCUUAUACGGAAAUAUCCAAAGCCUUUGGGUACCUGUGGUAGGAAGUUCCACUUGGUAAAAAAAAAUACUUGAAAAACAUUUACCACACUUUAACGGUGCCCACAUUUUAUCAUCUGAAGCUGCCACCUCUGCCUGCCGCCCGUGAGAUAGAUACCAGGUUGUUUUUCAGUGUGCAGAAAAUCGCACUCAACAAACCCUCCGUGAGUGAGCAGCCCAGAGGCCAUUUUGUUGAUUGUCAUUCCCAUUUAAGAGGAUGAAGACGGAGCCCUGUGGCAGCCGGCCCAACAAGAAUGACGUCUUUCUCCAGAAUGACGUCUUUCUCUGGGCAGCUACGUGGGGAGUUUGUGUGUGUUUUGCUGUCCCACUAUAGUAAGAUCUCCCAAAAUCCAAUAACCCACAUCCCAACGUCACUUUGCUGCCACCAAAGCCCCACUCCCCAAUCCCUUCUGAUAAUUGUUUUGAAAAGGCAGCGCUCAGAGAUUACGCUGAUGUCAAAACAGCUUGAUAAUCUGGUCUUUGGGGAUCCGCUAUCACUGACCUCUUUACCAUAAUAGCCACGUGGUGUCCCUGGGGGUGGGGAAUGAGUUUUGACCUGCAGGGUGGAAGGCUCUGGAAGGAAGGUUUUGUUCUGGUGGAGGGGUGAGUGAUGUUUGGGUCAUGACCUACCAGCAAAAGUGUACCAGCAAAAAGCCUUUGCCAUCUUGCUUUUUAAAUUUUUUGCUUUAUUUAUUGUUCUUAUACUCUUAAGAUCCUCAAAGGAUGUGCAUUCCUCUGUGUCCCCACGGGUGAGCAUGCCUUCUCCCUUAGAACAGGCUGGGGAAUCUUUUUCAGCCCAAGGGCCACAUUACCUCCUAGGCAGCCUCCCAAGGGCCACAUGGUUGUGGUGGGUGGGGCCAGAAGCGAAAGUGGCAUAGCAACAAAUGAACAUUUUGCCUUUGUACAGCAAGUGAGAUUCUGCAUGCACCACUUUCCUCCAUCCUGACAAACAGGAGCCAUUAUCCAAAUUCAAGGACAUGAAUUUCAAUCUUGACAGAAUAUGCUCUUGAAUGGGAAGCUGGGCAAAUAGGAGGCUUGCUCAGGUAAAGAGGUCCAGAGCUAUCUUAUUUAUUAACUUUUGUCUUUCCCGAGGGAGCUAUGGAUGGCAAACAGGAAAGCAGUAAAACAAUACGAUUACAAAUGAAAUAUUUAAAAAUGUUAAUGCAUAGAAAUAUUUUAAAACAAACCAUUACUGUUAGUAAUUUCAAGGUCACAAAGAACAAUAAUGUUUAGCCAUCAAAUGCCUCAGUAAACAGGAAUAUUUUAAAAUUCCUGCUAAAUGUUAGUAAUGAGGGAGAGAAGCACACUCAGCUGGGAGGAUGUUCUGGAAAUGGGGAGCCACCACCAAGGAGGUCUUUUCAUGGUCUGACAGGCUUGAUAAUACUGGAGGCACUCUUUCAGGUAUUUUGGUCCCCAGCUGUUUAGGACUUUUGUACACCAGUACUAACACUUUGAAAAGGGCUUGGUAGCUUGCUACCCAGUUAGUGAGGCAUUCUCAGAAGAACCAGUGGCCCAUGAUCCCAUUGGGCCAAGCCCCUCACCAACUCAGCAGCCACAUUCUGCAUUAGCUGCAGCCUCAAGACCGUCUUCAAGGGCAGCCCGAUGCACAGGGGGUAAUCUUUCGUAAUAGGGCGCCCUGUGUGAGGCCAAAAUUUGUUGCUCCCACAUGGAUCUCUGCAAUUUUGUGCCCCCUUGGUCCAGUGCCCUGUGUGAGGGAGCCACUCGGACCACCCUAAAUCUGGUGCUGGCCAUGUCAAAAGGAGGGGGGUGAUGUUCUUCUGAUGCUCCCAGAGGUUAAGAUCAGCAAAGAGGACCCUCUUGACAGUUCCUCUGCCCUCAUAAAUAGUCUGGGAGAGGGACUUCUCUGUGGCUGCCCCAGGUUGCAGAAUUCCCCAUAGAGCUGUGUCUGGCACUUCAUUGUACAACUUUUGGUGAAUGCUGAAAAUGCACCUCUUACACCUCAGAUCAGGCCAGAACAGAGUGGAGUGGCCAGAUAGACAUGGGACUAUGAUUUUGAGAGGGGUCUACUCCAGGUCCUCCUGAUAGAGGCAAAGGGGGGACCUUUUGGUAAAGAUUAUUGAAACUGGGCUUACAUUUCCUAUCCUGGCUGGGCCUAUUGGUACUAGCUUUGCAUGACCCUGCCUGAGAUGUAUGUUUUCAGAGCCCGUCCUAUUCCCGUGACUGUGAUCUGUUUUAACUUUUUAAUUCUGGAUUUUAAAUUGCUGUAACCCACCCUGGAAAGUUCUAGUGAAGGACGAGCAACCUAGUAGUAGUAGUAGUAAUAAUAAUAAUAAUAAGAAGAAGAAGAAGAAGAAGAAGAAGAAGAAGAAGAAGAAGAAGAAAUCAAUCGGCCUACAGAGCCUUUUGGUAACUUCCCUGCUACGAUGGCGAUUGGUUUUAUUUAUUUAUUUGCUAGGCCUAAGCAAGUGCACCAGAAAUAGUGAUAUAUAACACACUUGUUUUGCUUUUGCACACAGUGUGCAUCUUCAGGUGUUCCUCACCCAUCCCUCCAGGCCCCAGGGAUGCAAUUAAGGUGCUGUUCUUAAGAGAGGGGAAGAGGUAUCUAUGGCAGCCCAAGCAUUCUUUGCCUCCAUCCCGAUCCCUCUAAUGAGACAGCCGCCUCAGCACCUUAUCCCCAUGGCUUUGUUUCAGCAGAACCUGUUGUAAGAGGGCAUUUGGAGCAAUUGCUACCCGCGGAAGACAAAGGGUGCACUUUCUCUUUCUCAGCUUAUCUGGGCUCCAAGCUGCUAAACAGAGCACCCGCGGGAGGGAGGAGGCUGGGGGGGGGGGAUUUCUCAUUAUCCCUGUUCUUUCCCUUUUGGGAGGCAGCUGGGCAGACUUUAAUAGAUUACAUUCAGGAUUUCAGAUUGUUAACAGCAACGGAGGGUUCUGCUUGGAGAGGCGAACGUACGGCUGAAAGUCCUGGGAAGCUGUUUUGAGCCUUUCUGUAGGUGGACACAAUCUUCUUCAGUGGGGAAAAUCUUCCUUUCAAAAAGAAAAAGAACAAACACACAACUUUCCCCCUUUGGUCUUUUAAGCCCAUACUCCUUCUUCCAAGGUAGGUUGCUGGUUUUGACUUCUUUUAUUAAUAAAACAUCAUGCCAAAUAGAUGGGGUGAAUAUUUCUGGUUAGAAAAAAAUGGGAUUGGUUUUGACCUCCAGACCAAGGCCUUUCCCCAUCUCUGCUCUUACAAAUUUCUGACUUUUUAUCAUUGUUUCGCUGAAUCCAACCAUGUUUUACUCGGAGUCGUUACAUUGAAAUGAAUGAAUCCAAGCUAGUUGUGUAUUAAUUUCAGUGGAUCUACUCUGAGUAGGGAUAACAUUGGAUGUGGCUCGUUGACUGGAAAUUAAUGAUAAUUAAAGGAAACUUCCAUGUCUGGGAGUAGUAUACCUUUUGAAUAUCAAGAUGCUGGAGGAGGGGGCAAGCAAAAGCAGGUAGCUGCCACCUUCAUGCUCCCAGAGACAUCUGGUAGUUGGAAUGUGGGAAGCUGCCUUAUACCAAGUCAGAUGGUUGGUUCAUCUAGUGUUUUCUAUACUGACCGGCAGCGGCUCUCUAUGAAUUUAGACAGGAGUGUUUUCACAGCCCUCCCUGGAGAUGCUGAGGAUUGAACCUGGGACCAUCUGAUGCUCUACCAUUGAGCUAAAGGAUGCAGCACUAGAUAACCCCUUAAAUCUCACCUGUGGGUUGCUUCCUGUGAGAGAGAAAUGUAUGUGUAUUGCUGGCCUGGUUAACAGAGAGGGAUGUUACUAUUGAAAAAGGAACUUGUUUCUGCUUGGCAUCUUUUAAGCAAUGCUGACAAUUAGUUUUACUUUAAAAUAUGUAUCAUCUUUUCCAACAACAAAAUGGUGCUCAUUCCUAUGCCUUUUGGUGUUUAGCAGCAGAAGCAAUCCUCAUUUUUAUCCUUGUAGACAUGAUGGUGUUAUGAUUUUUCAAGUGAGUUUAAAAUGAAAAAUUGCACAUAUUUCUCAGGGUUGGCAAAUGCUCCUUUUCCAUUUUUUGUGUGUGUUCCGGCAUAUCAGCAAUGUAGAAGCAGUUGUAAAGCAUGGUAUUAUGGGUGAAUGAUGAAAUGUUAAGUGUAUGCACAUGGCUGUCUUACAGGGAGGCCCAGUGAAACCAGUAAGUCCAGGUUAGAAAACUCCCUAGAUGCACUGCUGUUCUAGAGCAAGAUCUAGACUCCUCCGCCAUGCCACACAACCAGAGACUGGAUCCCGGGAUGUGCCCCAGGAUCUACUGCAGCCCCAGAGAAUGGCAUCUGGGGAGGGCGUCUGAAAUUUGCUGUCCUGUGUGGAUUCAUUUGAGCUCUUAAAGCUUGUUUGUUUUUCAACUGUGCCUUCACCCAGAGGGAGAUGAAACGCAAUGGACUAGCUGCGUUGGCACGGCCGACUGAUGCACUCAAGGUCCCCGAUGCUCUGGUGUGUUUGUUAUGGAGGAUGUUGUGCUGGGCAUGGUUCUGCUAAUCUUGGGUUAGCUCAACACUUGGGUGGAGUCUGGACUCCUGUUUUGGGCAUAAAGCAUUUGAUUGCAACUGGGAACCUCUGCAUGUGCAGAGCUGGUGCUGUACUACUGAACUAAGAUCCCAGUCCUCAUGGUUCUGAAGAAAGGGACAAUUUAAAUAGGAACAUAGGAAGUCACUGAAUACUGAGUUGCACCAUCUUGCCCAGUUUUGUGAACACUGACUGGCAGAGGCCCUCCAGGGUCUUGGCCUGGAGCCUUACCUCAGCCUUCCCCAGAGAUGCCAGGGAUUAAAUCGGGGACCCUCUGCAUGUAAAAUUGCAGUCCUCAUGGACCUGCGACCUUCUGCAUGCAAAGCACCCGUUCCACCACUGAGCUUACCACCCUUUCCCAGAAUAAAUGGGCUUGGCUGUGCCUAAUGGGGAGUUGUAGUCCAAAAUCAUUUGGAGGGCACCAGGUUGGGGAAGACUGCAAUAGAUGGUUGGGCUUAUAUCCACCUAAGUUAGGCACAGCAUAGACCUAUUGAAAUUACUGAACUUGCUAGUCAUGGCCAGUAAUUUCAGUGGGGCUACACUGCUUAGAAAUAAGUUUGGGUACAACCUGAUGUCCUUCUCCUUAGCAGAUGUGAUGCAGCAUCUCUCUUGACCCGAUAGCUUUUCAUACUAUUCAAAUUGCAAUCAAAUCAGACCCGGAGAUUGCUUAGUUAAAUGGCAAUGUGUGUGAUGCAUGCAAAGUGGCAGCCUUUUCAAGCCCUGGUGUGAGAGGGCUGAGUUUCUACAGGGCAGGAGCUGGACUGCUAAGGUAGGUGUUUGUUCUCUGUUUACCCCUGCAAAUAUCUAGCCAUUGAGACAGUCCAUACUUGUCCAGAAUCAGGUUCUUAUAAAAUUUAUGAUCUGUUUAUUUCAUAAGAUAGUUUCUCAUUUGUCUAGUCUUAAGUUUGGUUUGAGAUUUUUUUUUAAAGCGUGUUUAAAACGUUUGGCAUUUUAGUGCAAAUUUCUCUCAAUAUGCCUGUUUGUAUGCAAUUUGGCCGAAAUAUACACAUUUUGAAAAGCAUUUCCCCCUAAUGUAUAUCCUUUGCAUGCUGUAUGCAUUGUUAUGUACACUUUAGCUGAGCUAGGGAAUCAGGAUUGUUUUCAAAUUCUUCCUGAAAGUUGAUAACGAUGGAGACGGUCACACCUCAUUAGGGUGGGAAGUUCAUAACCGGAGAAUUGCCAUUGAAAAGACCCUGUCAUGGGUCAAAUAUGAAAGACAUAUUUGCAGAAACAGAUAGCAAGGAGACCUUAGCUGCAGUAUUGCUGGCAUAGGCUGUCUCCUCUCCUCUCCUUGCUUGUUCCCACCCCCACCCUGUGCCAGUGAAAACUCUGGGGUUGGGAAAACAGCAGCUGUGCUUGAAUGUAAUAUGUGGCCUUUCAGAUUUAAUGAUGACUCUGUGUGGUUUUAGAUAUCAAACAUACGUCGGUGUCAUUUGCCCCUUCCUCUUUGGAGGCUUCCUGGCCAAUACAUUAGUUAGAAAGAAAUUAAUUUCUGGUGGUUCCCUUCAGAUGUUUUGAGCUAGAGCAAUGAGUCCCAUGUGCUGGUUGGAACAGAUGGGUUUUGUGAUCCAGAACUUCUGGAAGGUAUCAAGUUGGAUAAGACCUCAAUGGAUUCAAUAGUUGGCCCCUCAGUUAAAAGACAGGUAUAGAAUUGUAGAGUUGGAAGGGACCCAAAUGAUCAUCUAGUCCACCCCCCUGCAACGCAGGAAUAAGCAGCUGUCCCAUACGGGGAUCAAACCUGUGACCUUGGCAUUAUCAGCACCACACUCUAACCAACUGUUACUUGAUUCAGUAAUAUAAAUGUGAACGACAGUAAUAUGAACACAGAUGCCCUUUGGGAGAUAGCUCUGGUGUGUUAUACCCAACUCAGAGCUGACCCAUUAAAAUAUCGGUACAUAAACCUAGGCUAGCCAUGCCCAUUAUUUGAAUGGGUCUACUCUGAGUAACUUCAAAACUGGUGACAACCCAUUCUUAGCAGGAAAUGGCACCCCAAAGGAUUUAUUUUUCAUCCCCUAAUCACAGAGCCAAAACCAUUUUAAAAAUAAUAAUGAAAUAUGGGUGGCAUCCAGUGCCAGUCCUUCACAGGGUAGACCCAGGGUAGACUAACAUUCAUUUCAGUGGGUCUGCUCUGAGUAGGAUUCCUUAAUGUACAGCCUCCCAUUGAUUAAGGAAGUAGUAAACCAAUGAAUCAAAUUUCCAUUGAUAAACCAACCAACAAAAGCUGCUCAGGCAGAACUGUUUGGCCAACAACUUGCAGUGUGUGGCUGUGUUAAACUGCGCCCCCUGGAAACAAUCUGGCAAUAUGUUGGUUUUGUGGAGCUUAACCCCUACCUCUCCCCCCCCCUUCGUUCACCAUCAACCACAGUCCUGCCAAACAGCGAUUUGCUUAGGGAUUUAAUCUCUCAUUUCCAUCAAGCCAGCAACAGCUGCUUGCUCUCUUCCCCUCCCCUUCCUCAGACUUUCCUGCGGGAGACAGCAUUUAGAAGGAUUUGUUAGUUAAAUGCUAAUGCCACCAGAUAAAACUAUGCAAAUCAUAGGAUGGGGGGGGGGGGAGCAUCACUUUCCCAUAAGCCUGUCCCCACAGCCUACUUUGAAAUACUGCGUAUGCUGGGGUCAUCCCCAGAUAGAGAGCGCCAACCUCAAAGGGCUUCCCAGCUCUGGAUUUCAGAGUCAUCACCAGGGACUCUCAUACUCACCCCACAGAAUUAUUUGCAAAGGAGACAUAGACUCCUUGUCUAAUAGUGACUGCCAGUCUCUGCAAGCGCAGCAAAAUAACACACUUCGGCUUCCAGAGAAAACUUUGCUUUGACUCUUAUUUUUAACAGAUCCAUUUUCCUAGACCUUAUGAAAACUGGUUUCUCAAAUUCCAUUUGCUUGUGUCCACAGCCAAUGAGAGGCUGUGAGAGCCUUUGCUGAAUGAGGAUCCCAGUGGAGGUGUAGAGGGUGGCUUUCAGGGACCAAGGCAGUUCCUUACCCCAUAACUAAACUAACUUUUGCCAUUUAACACUAUGCAAACAAUGUCUAGAUUACUAAAUGUAUUCAGGACACAGCAGUCACUCUAGGGAGGCAGAUUAUGUUGUUUUAAAAUACACAUAGUCCUGCCUUUACUCUGGGACAAAAGGCUCAUGCUAGCUUUCCCCAGGAGUUCCUUUGUUUUUUGAGUUGAGGGCCCUGGAAAAUCUCCUCUCUGUACAAUUUAAAGCAGGAGUGGGGAACGUCAGGCCCAGGAAUCAAAUCUGGCCCUUCAGAUUUCUCUAUCCGGCCCUUUGGACUCUCUCCAGGCCACACCCCUCACUUUCCUUUCUUCACAUCCUCCUUGAGUGUUUUUGCCUGGCUGGAACAUGCCCUUGAACUCCUCCGACAGUAUCUCUGGCUUGUCUGGAUUGAGAAGAGAGAUGUAUUUGAUCCCCACUCCCGGUUUAAAGGCAUAGGAACUCUUUUUUGCUGGGCAUUUGCCCACCCUCUCAAAGAGCCCCUCCCCCAAAUCCACCAGGCAUAGGAUGGCAACCUCUGACCUGAAACAAACCCACUUAGCACCAUUAGACUUUGUGUGAUUAGCAGAAAUGUAAUAGGUGAGAUCAUGGGAAAUAAUGUGGUGAUGGGGGAAGAGUUUGACCUGCUGAGGUUAUAGUGCCAAAGGCUUGUGGAGAUGCAGAACCAGGGUAACCGCAGGCUCAAAGGGAGAUUGAUCAUUACACCAAAGUUUGUCACCAGAUGCACCGGCUACAUCUGUCAUAUUUCCGCUUGUCAGCUUGCCCACAGCAACAGGCACUGACUCCUGUGGUUACCAUAUAUACGGUCAUGAAAGAUGACGUAGAAUAAUAGAAUGGCAGAGUUGGAGGGGGACCCAAGGGUCAUCUAGUCCAACCCCCUGCAAUGCAGAACUUAAGGCAGCCUGUACCAACUUGAUGCCCUCCAGAAGUUCUGUACUACCACUGCAACAUCUUUUGCCCCUCCCAAUUUUAUUUUAUUUUUAAAUUUAGUUUUUGAGCUUUUAAUUUUUGCUUUGGGUAGUUGCUUCCUCUUUUUGUCUGUGUUUUUGUGGGAGGGUAGAUUCCCCCCCCCCUGCUUUUGUGGGUGUGAUGGCAGAGGAUCUGAGCAUCACUAGUUUUUCCUUUUGUGAAAUGGGUAUUUUGUGAUGGAUUCAGGGGCACUGAGCUCAGAAGCCUGACUGGAAAGAAAUUCCAUCUCAGAGGGGGGAAGGUUCCUUCCUAGGGCCAAGGUUUCAACCUGCGGUUGUGUUGGAAGCAGCAGAUGUUUUAGGAAGGUUUUGCAAACUGACCCACAUCCAGUCCUUCCCCAUCAGUGCUUGGGGAAACAAAGUAUAUGCAAAGGCGCAAGAUCCAACAUGGCCAUUAGUCCCAAUUUCCCUGAUGCAUCAAUUGUGGGUGUUAACACCUCCUGUUCCCUCUCUAGAGCUGUCCUUUGAAAAGUUUUGCUUGAUGCAAAGUCAGGUUAUUUUACUUGAUCAGCAGGCAGCCCGCCCUAGAGACAACUUGGACCAAUUUUUAUUUUUAGUUCAAUCUUUCUUUAACCGACAUUAGUCCGUUUGUAGCAAACUCGGGUGCCAAGAGUCAACAGGAUGCUGGGAAACGUGUGUGCACUGGUGUAUUGUUGUGGGUUCAGGAUUUAUCUCAUUUUUAGGACAUAUUAUUGAAUACUGUUGGUAUGUUUGUUUUUAUGUAACCCGUAUAUUUUCUCCUCUCUCUCAAAUACAAGCUCUGAGGUUUGCAAUAUCUAUAAACAAUCUUAAAAAAAUAAAACUUGGGAGUGAGGGAAGGGGAGACUCAAAACACCACAAAGUCCCGGGAGGGUUGAGUAUGCUCAGGAGCCAUGCAAUGUUUAGUGUUAGUUGGAAAGGAAAGCAUGGUUCAAAAUCUCUGCCAUGAAGCUUGCUGACCAACCUUAGCUCAGUCACUACUUCUUAUCCUCACAAAAGUCCUGCUAAAUAGGUUAGGGUAAUUUCGCGUGUGUGUGUGUAUGCGCCUCCAGCAUGCACUCCUUGGAAGAGGGACAAACAAGCCCAUUAAAAUCUACUCACCAUUUUUAAUUUUCUGCCUAGGUUGACGCUUCUCCUUCUCUGACCCGAACAGCCACCAAGCCACAUCCCCAUGGAUGAAUGGGAAGCCCCUCAGUGGAAGAAGGAAGUCGAAAGCCUUAAGUACCAGCUGGCUUACAAGAGGGAGAUGUCCUCAAAAACGAUCCCCGAGUGAGUCCACAAACAGCUUCCUUUCUUGCUGUUUCUCCUUCCUACCACCUUAUACACACACGGCUAAGUGCAUUCCACAUAAGUGGAAUCCAGCAUACUAAGAACAUCAGGCUUACUUUAAACCUCCCUCUCAUGUUUCCAGUCUGAGUAGUGACAAAGAUGGGCUUGAAAUGGAGUGGGGGAAAAACCUAAUGUUUUGAAUGCAGAUGGUCCUGGGUUCAAUCCCCAAUGGCAUCUCUGGGUAGGGCUGGGGCUCUGGCCUGAAACCCUGGAGAGCUGCUGCCAGUCAGUGUGGACAAUACUGAGCUGCCAGCACCAUUGUGCAUUGCAUCCUUCUCUCUUGAGAAAUCCUGGGGGCUGCUGUCCUAUGAGAAAGUGGAGGCUUUUGAGGGCAGAGACACUCUGCCACCCUCAGAAUCCUCUAGCUGUGUUUCCUGCUAGCAAAUGUAUUUCAAAGCUACUCAGGAACAUGAAUCUUAAGAAUGAAGAGCUUUCCCUGAGAUAUUUGGCUCUAGAAAUAUACAUCACAGCAACAGAAAUAGAUGCAGGCCUGGGAUCUUUCUAGGUACCCGAGAAGCUUCAGUUCACAGGCCCACAAGUUUUCAUCCAUGUACAGAGUGCCUCUGGGUACAAUAAGAUGGUAUGUGGUUGGGGUCUCAUUGGCCCAGCACUCUGCCGUCAACCCAUCUACCUUGUAAAUCCGGUGUACUUAGCCUGUGGCCUUUAGAUGAUGCUGAACUUCAACUCCCCAGUGAGUAUGGCCAUAGAUGAUGGGGAGUUAUAAUUCAGGAGAAUUUUUUUUUUAAGUUUAAAAAAAGGAGAAGGACAUGAGAUUUGGGACCAGGCCCAAGAUACUCUGGACUCAGCCAGACGUUGGCCUAAUACUGCAACGAGGAAAGACCCUCAUGUAUUCUCUUUCCACCCUAGGUUUCUUAAGUGGAUAGAAGAUGGCAUUCCAGAAGAUCCAUUUCUGAACCCAGAGCUGAUGAAGAACAAUCCGUGGGUGGAAAAGGGGAAAUGCACCAUCCUCUAA